AUGCCUCGUGGAGGUGUAUACUCAACUGAUUCAAUUAAAUUCGAGGAAUAUAAAUAUCUUGAAGGAAAUGUGGAGUAUAAAACCCUUUUCGAGACAUUUAAUAAAGCUUUUGAAAGACUUGUAAAUAAAGUUGCCCAAUUUGCUCAACUAACUUUAAAAAAUAUUAAUAUAUCUCUUGAUGAAACAGAUGUUAUUGCUAAUGAAUUAAAAAAAUAUGAUGAAAUUGUAAAAAAUAGUAAAAAUGUUGGUGAGAUGUUAGAAGAAAAGGUAAUGAGUAGAACUGGACACAUAGCUGAGAAAAAAUUUUUUUAA